CAACCUCUCCGACUUCGCCGGGUCAGUCAGGUGCCACCCUGAAGAGGAUGGAGGUGGUUGGGGACGCCAGUGGUUCGGAACCCGGCGAGAUCCGGGCUCUGAAGCCGUGUCUGCUGCGCCGCAACCACAGCCGCGAACAGCACGGCGUGGCGGCCUCCUGCCUCGAGGAGCUGAGGAGCAAGGCCUGUGACAUUCUGGCCAUUGAUAAGUCCCUGGCUCCAGUCACCCUGGUCCUGGCAGAGGAUGGCACCAUAGUGGAUGAUGACGAUUACUUCCUGUGCCUACCUUCCAAUACUAAGUUCGUGGCAUUGGCCAGGGAUGAGAAGUGGGCAUAUCACAAUUCAGAUGGAGGUACGGCUUGGAUUUCCCAAGAGUCCUUUGACGUAGAUGAAACAGACAGUGGGGCAGGGUUGAAAUGGAAGAAUGUGGCCAGGCAGCUGAAAGAAGAUCUAUCCAGCAUCAUCCUCCUAUCAGAGGAUGACCUCCAGGUGCUCAUUGAUGUUCCAUGUUCAGACCUGGCUCAGGAACUAUGCCAAAGUUGUGUCACAGUCCGGGGGCUCCAGAACACCCUCCAGCAGGUACUUGACCAGAGAGAGGAAGCCCGUCAGUCCAAGCAGCUCUUGGAGCUUUACCUCCAGGCUUUGGAGAAGGAGGGCAGCGUCUUGUCAAAGCAGCAAGAGUCCAAAGCUGGCUUCAGUGACGAGAGCGAUGCAGUUGACACGGGUCUUAGCAGAGAGAGCUCCUCUGAAACUGCACUUACGAGCCAGCUCCUCACUGCACUGAAGGAGAAGCCUGCUCCAGAGCUGAGUCUCUCUAGUCAGGAUUUGGAGUUGGUUACCAAGGAAGACCCCAAAGCAUUGGCUGUUGCUUUGAAGUGGGAUAUAAAGAAGACGGAAACUGUUCAACAGGCCUGUAAUCAGGAACUAAGCCUGCGCCUCCAGCAGAUACAGAGCCUGCAUUCUCUCAGGAAUAUUUCAGCAAGGAAGAAUUCGCUGCCUGGAGAACUGCAGAAUCCUAAACGAGCUAAACAAGACCCCACAGAGUAUAGCUGAAAAUAUGCCCAAAAAACCCCCGUGACCUUGUUUUUAGUUGUCAGUAAAUGCAUUCAGCCUAGUUAUUUCACUUACCUACCACUCCACUCCCUGCCUUGGAGUCGGUUCUCCUGGAACAGGCUAAAAGACUAGCCUCCUGCCUCCUCCAGAUUUCAACAUAUGCCCUUCCACCUGUUUUAAAUGAUAUGGCUGCACUAACAAUGCCCCACCUCUUCUGAUAACAUGUUCUUAUGUUCUCUGUUUAAAGGUAAUUGUGGAGUGAAAAGAAAUUGUCAUAUUGAAGACUCAGUAUUCUUGUUCUAAAGCUAGAAAUGCAGAAUUUUAAACAAAUGAUAGGGAACGUGACAGUGUGUCGAUUAUGGCCACAAACUUCUUUCCCAAGUUAAUGAAUUUUUUUGUUUGUUUGUUUAAAGGCUCAUAUUAAGUUUGCUCAUAUUAAGUAGGGACACACUGAGAGUCUAAUUCACCAUUUCUAAUAUCUAAUUUAGUAUUGUGAAAUUAUAUCUGUUACCACUGUGAAACUCUUUUCAGUUUUCUAAUAUGUUUUAUCAGCAGGGGGUAUAAAAGGUCAUUAAAUUGAUUUCCAUGCAGUAUGACUUGAAGUCUCUCUCAGUGCAGAGCAGAGACUUCUGGUUUCUAUACCUCCUAUUUCUGUACAAACUUGUUCUUCAGGUUUUGUAAUCUACCAGACGGUCUCCUUGCAGAGAAUAGGUAAUUAGUUAUCAUUGACUUAUUUGACUUUUUUUAAGCAUGCUUAGAGGAAAACAGAAGGCUAGUAAGAGAUACAUGGGCUAAUUAUUAAAGAAAUACAACAAUAAGUCCUGGAGUGAGAGUGGAGUGCAGAAAGCAAACAACAAAAUAACUGUUUCCUUCUCCUGUCAUCAUCAAGGACAGCUUGGAUCUACUCAGCAUCCUUUUCCUAAUGCCUUAUGCCAUUGGUUCUCACUUAUUAGCCAUAAUAUUUUCUUUUUUAAUAGCACAUUUUUUAAUGCCUCCUUAAUUAUCCUAAAUGAAAGCCAGAGCUGAUAACCUGCCUAUAUGCAUACUUUCAAAAGCACUGACAUAGUACCCCAAAUGUACUAUUUCAGAAGAAGCAAAAGGAAAAUAAUUUCCAAUAAAAUGGCAUGUAUCUCAGUAUGUCACUGUCUGGACACGACUAUACCAAAGGCACGAUGAAGGUGUAGAUGAUUGCACUUGCACACUGAAUUACGGUGAAUUUGACAGAGGCAGCCAGGCACAGGUGUGUAGUGAUUCUCAACUCAAAUACCACAAGCAAGCGUUGGCAUUUAUAGUGAGAUUUCCUAAAUUGGUGAAGUUCUGAACAAAAUAACAUACCUAUCCUUGAUUUACAAGGUAGCUGCAUUCUUGAAAAAUCUAGGGAACAUUGAAACUGGAAAAAAAUACUUUGUGAUUAUACAUAAAACAGAACUGGGUUUCAGGCUAAGAUAAUUUGGAACAGGUUUUCAUCCAUAUAAAUGUCCAGCAUGACAUUCAAAAGUCACGCGGGACAUGGGAUGAUAUCUCUCUGUGUGGAGUUGUCCUGUGCAUUGCAGGAGGAUGAGCAUCCCACCUCCUAUGCCCACCUGCUCAAUGCCAGUAGCAACCUCCAGGUAUUGAGAUAACUAAAACCAUCCCCACACAUUUUCAAAAUGCCCCUGGAGGGGCAGUGAUGCUGGCUGAGGAUUUUUAUGGCAGUUUGCAGUUUGCUGUGUGCUAGCACCUACCACAUUGGAGCCUCACAAAACUGAGUGAGCUAGGCAGGGUGUGGUUUGUCGCCUCUCGUUCUAUACAUGAGCAAGGUUGUGCUCAGCAAGGGUCAGUGACUUGCUUCAUGCACAAGGCUAACUGGAGGGCCAGGAUUCAAAGGCAGGUCUCUGCUUCUAAUUCCAGGGCUCUUUCUACUUCUUUGUAUUUUCUCUUAGGUUCACACACACUUUUCUAUUCUACAUCCAGAUCACUGGUUUUGUUGUACCAGUGUAAUAAGUUGGAGUUGGCUCCAACUGGAAAAGGCCUACUAUUUCUAUAACAUAAUUGCCAAAAGAUUUCUAACUGCAGUCAUUGUGCUGGUGGUGUAAGAGAAGUGAAUCAGCCUCACGACACUGUACAGUUAGCACAGUAGCAACAGAAGCUUGGAUUCCAGAAAUACAGAAUGGUAGCUCUAUUCACCAGCUACACUGAUAUCUCCAUCUUUGCCCUACUGAAUUUAAUGUUUUCUUAAAUUAUUUCAGUUCAGUUGACUGGCCUGGGUGUUGGUAUUGGUAUUGUGUCCUUGAAACAAACCCACCAAGAGCCCCAGCUGCACAGGAUAAGGGAAAAAGUACUAUAGGUUUUGGAGUGAGACAAACCCACACUGAGUCUAACCUUAUGGGACCUUGUUUUCCAAAAAUGAAAGGUUAACCUAAAGCCCCAAGGUUGAAAGGGUUAAAUGAAGUAUGAGGAAGAGCAGAGUACCUAGUACAUAGUAGACUAUAGAGAGUGGUUCCCUUUCAUCUCCCCAGGGGCAGAGAGAUGUGUCCUUAGGAGGCUCCUUAUCUAUGGGUCUGUAGAGCAAAGACCUGAGUCUGCAAACUCUAGCCCAAAUGUGUAGUGAGAGCAAUUGCAAACACGUUAUAUUGCCCCUGGUACCAUUUACCUUCCUUACACCACUGUGCCUCUAGGCCUUCUAGAACAGAAAUGUAGCAGCAGAGCAAUAUGUCUAAAAAUAGGAGAGAGAGCCGGGCAUGCCUGUUCUUAUGGUAGGAGAGAAGAAUGUCAAAGAAAACAGCUGGGACUAAUGAACUCUACAUUAGCCAUAUUCCAUCCUUUCAACUCAAGUCAAAUGUCGGUCCCCAUUAGGCAACUGGCUUUCACAGGAGCUGUGCUAAUUACCACUUACCAACCUUUAAUUUCUGGGUAAAAGCAAAAGGAAAAAAACUAAUGGAUUUUUCAUUUUCCAGAGAGAAAGGAAUAAAAUAAUAAUAGUCUGCAAAAAAACCUGCAUUAAUUACGAGAAUUAUUAAUGUUCCUUUCUUAACCAGAUUGUUUAGCUGUUUAAUUUCCUAAUUAUCUAUUCUUUUUGUUUUUGCCUUCAGAGUUUUACCAUUUUAUUUGAGAGUUUGGCCUUAAAUUAUUUUGGCUGUGUCUUACAUGAGGUUUUUAAGGACCUUGGAAAUGAUCUAGUCUGAACAACGACCCACUGCCUGAGUCCUCUACCUGGCUGCCAGUGGGGUCCUCCAUCCUGUUUGAAAGCCUCCAGUGAAGGGACAGACUCGCUCCUCAGGAGGUACCUGAAUCUUUAGAUGGCAGAACCUUAAAGUUAGCUAUUUGCUUGAACUAAAUCAGACACAUGCAAUUACAAGGAAGUGAACCAGUAAGUUAAGGCGUAGAUACUGGAUUUUCUUCAUAUUUUCCAAUAACAUGUUACAAGAAGUAUCACCAAAAAUAUUCUAGCUUUUUCUCCAGGUUAUAAUUAUUUUAAUAGGAUAAACACAUGUAUUUUUUGAUCAUUUAAUUAUUUAACGAUAAAUGGAAAGGAUAAAUUGUUUUUAUUAGGGUUAGGAGAAGCUGGAAAGAGUGGGUUGCCCAGCCAUCCUUUGCCUCUUCCUUUCUAGUCUAGAAGCAGAAAAUUUCCUUCAGCACCUAAAUGACUUUUGUUGUUCUGCUUUGUUGGGAAUGGGAUCCCUCUCUCUACUGAGGCAGCUACAAUUAUUAAGAUAUGGGUUUAUCCCUUCAGCAGGUGGGGUAAAUCAAGUCGUUUAAGUAUCAGCUGUAAGCUGUAAGUUAAGUAUCUGCUUUUACCCAGAAAUCAACUUCCUGCUCUGAGUUUCCUAAAGCCGGGAAUGGUUUGCUGUCAGCCCUGAAACAGGAAUACUACGAAGGGUUUUCUGUCGAAUGCUUAUGUCACGCUCAAUUCUUCCUCAGCAGUUAAGGAUCUAUUUUGGUGACAAUUACUAGAAAUAAAUGCAAGAGAAUGAAUUA